AACAAUUUUUCUUUUUAUAGAUUUUUUUUAAAUCGCAAAAUACGUAAUAUUAUAAUAAGUCGCGCACUUGGGUUUGACGUUUAAGUUUCACUUUACUCAGAAACGGCUUCUUCGCUGUAUUUAACCCUCCCGUCGUUCAAAGCUUCGUUUAUUCGUCCUCAUACAUGACACGACAAGACAAGAAUGGCGAAAGCAGUCACCAGGUCGAAGAAAUUAAAGUACUGAUGUGUUUUGGUUGUUUGUUUUUCUCUCAGACCUAUGGGAGGACACUUCCAGUUAGAGGCAAGCUUUAGUCUGUCCAGAAAUAUCCAGGACUAAGUUAUUGGAUAUUCUAUAAACUGACAAUAGGCACGAAGUGUGAAUUAAUUUGAGCGUGAAUGUUUUUUAUAUAUUUGCGAUGCGAGCUGCGAUAUUUGCAAUAGACUCGUGAACUGUCCAAUGUGUCCUCGUCCUCAUCCAUUGACUGAUGAUUUUCUACAUGUCCUCUGUCCUCCUACCACUGGUUAAGUAAAGUCCUAAGACCUCAAAUGACCAUCAUUUGAGAGCCAUUUUUUUAAGCACAUUGGAUUUGGAGCAUUUGCUUUUACAAAGGUCACAUCUUGGCUCUAUAAACUAAAGCUCCUUGUUUGUGUUAUCCAACAUGCUGCAUAUCUUGUUUUGUUUUGUUUUUUAUCAGAUAUACUUUUAGUUUACCCACCAUCAACUCCGAGGACAAAGGGAACACACGUCCUAUAGCAUUGUCAAAAAAGCACAACAUGUUGGAAUCUCCCUGGAGAGAUGUGCAGUGGACUGAAGAACGGAGGACCAGCCUGAUGAAGACUAUCAGCUCCUACAAACCAAAGCAUCAAGAGGUGAAUCAAACCAGGGUUCUGCUUCUUGGCCCAGUUGGUUCAGGAAAGUCCAGCUUCAUCAGCUCAGUCCAAUCGGUCUUUAAUGGAAGAGUCACCAACCGAGCCAUGGUGGGCACCUCCACCACCAGCUUUACCAAAAGGCUGCAGUCCUUCAACAUCCAUGGAGAGAAGGAUGAAGCUCCCACUGGACUGGUGCUGUGUGACAUCAUGGGGCUGAGGGAUGAAGACAUGACGGGACUGACCCUUCAUGACAUCCUGUCUGUCAUUAAAGGUCAUGUACCUGAGGGACAUAAGUUCAGCCCUGACCAGCCAGUGACAUCAGAAACACCGGGCUACGUGAAGUGGCCGGAGCUCAAGGACAAGAUCCACUGUUUGGCCUUUGUGGUGGACGGCUCUAAACUCAACACAUUCACAGGCUACAAAAGCACUUUCCAACAGCUCAGAGAGCACAUCAGUGACCUGGGUAUCCACCAGGUGGCUCUGCUGACUCAUAUAGAUAAGAUUUCUCCUGACACAGAGAAAGACAUCAGUACGGUCUACAGCAGCAUUCAUCUAAAACAGUUGAUCGCUAAUGUGGCAACUCUGCUGGGAAUGUCCACCUCCUACGUCGUCCCAGUGAAAAACUAUGCUGCAGAACUGGACCUGGACACCAACACAGACGUGCUGCUUCUGAGUGCCGUGGAUCACAUCUUGCAGUACGCUGAUCUGUACUUAAAGGACGUCCCAUUAUCAACGAACAACUGACGUGAACGAUUCUACAGCUUCAGUCAGUAAACCUUGUGCGUACGCCAUAUAAAUGGUGACAUUUUUUUUAUAAAACCGGAACUUUCCCAGUGAAGCUCCAUCCCCAUCAUUCAGGCCUUUGCUCAUCGUUCAUCUUCUGAAUAAAGAAAAUGCUACAGUGAAAAUCAA